CGAGCUGCGGAGCUAAGUGACGACGAUGUGUUCGACGAUUACAGACGAAGGGAAGCUGUAAACGGCCGCAGAAACGACCUGAGAAAUACAGCCAUCUUCGAUCAAGAUUCUCCAAUGGGUUGUACUGUGAGGGAUAAGCAUAUCAGACCAAACCGGAAGACCCGAUCCGUGAAACCCGAAUUCGAUCCUUGUUGUCUGCUCGACAGGACGGCUCUGUCGAAAUCAAUCGUCGAAUCGAGCCUCAAGCAUCUUGUUUAUCAUCCGGGCCUUCUGGAUUCGAGCCCAGGCCCUAACCCUACUGGGAAUCUCGAGGAGAAUGGGUGGGGUUACUGUACGGAGGAGCAGUUAGAGGACAUACUGCUGAAACAUUUGGAGUAUCUCUACAACGAAGCGAUUUCAAAGCUUGUGACUUUGGGUUACGACGAGGAAGUGGCGUUGAGAGCUAUUCUUAGCAAUGGGUACUGUUAUGGUGGGAUGGAUGUUUUGACAAACAUUCUGCAUAACUCAUUGGCUUAUCUUAGUAGCAGCACAGGGGAAGGCAGUAACGGUGGGAACAAUGAGGAUCAGUCAGAGACUGUUUUCACGGAUCUGAGACAGUUGGAGGAGUAUUCUCUUGCGGGUAUGAUUUAUUUGCUGCAGCAAGUUAAACCUCAUCUGAGUAAAGGUGAUGCAAUGUGGUGUUUGCUGAUGAGUGAGCUCCAUGUUGGGAGGGCGAGUACAAUGGAUAUACCAAGCUCUGGAAAUGGUAAUGGAGGUAGUGGUUGUAGUACUGUGAAUGGCGUUGGGGGUGUGGCGCCGGCGUUGUGUAGAUUCCAUGGAGGUUGGGGUUUUGGGAAUGGGAGAGGGCCUGAGUUUUCCGGUAAUGGGUUUUCUUCGUUGACGUCGCAGAGAGAGAUUGAUUGUCCGAGGAGGUUUAAUCUAUCGCCGUCGAUGAAGUCUCUGUUGAGAGAGAACGUUGCGGCUUUUGCCGCUGGGUUUCGUGCUAGUAUGAAGCAGAAGAAGCAGUCUGAGGCUGUUGGUAAUAUCAGCUUGUGUUGCGCAGCUGCUGCACGUUCAGAGACGUGUGAGCAGCCACGUAGCUCGGGAAGCGAAGAGAGUGUAAGCUCAGUGCUGGAGAAGUUCCGAGAUCUGAACCUUGAUGAUUCUGCAGCUGAGGAGCUAAAGGAUGAUUCUUUAGUAGGACUGCUUCGUCAGGUUCAGGAUCUCAAGAAGCAAGUGAAGGACAGGAGAGACUGGGCUCAGAAGAAGGCGAUGCAAGCUGCGCAAAAGGUCAGCGAUGAACUCGCCGAGCUUAAGUCAUUGAGGAGUGAGAGAGAAGAAAACCUGCGGCUGAAGAAGGGGAAACAAACCCUAGAGGACUCAACCUUGAAAAGGUUAUCGGAGAUGGAGAAUGAUCUUAGAAAAGCUAGCGGUCAAGUUGACAGGGCAAACGCGAUCGCAAGGACGCUCGAGAACGAGAACGCAGAGAUCCGUGCGGAAGUGGUGGCUUCCAAGUUGAGUGCAUCGGAAUCGCUCACGGCGUGCAUGGAGGCGUCGAAGAAGGAGAAGAAAUGCUUGAAGAAGCUUGUGGUGUGGGAGAAGCAGAAGAUGAAGUUGCAAGACGAGAUUACAGCUGAGAAAGAAAAGAUCAAGGCACUCAAUAGGGCUUUAGCUCAGAUCACCCAGGAAGAAAAAGAAUAUGAGGAGAAAUGGAGGCAGGAGCAGAAAGCAAAGGAGCAAGCUUUGGGUCAAGUGGAAGAAGAACAACGGUCCAAGGAAGCAACGGAGGCUAGCAACAAGAGAAAGGUGGAAACUCUCCGGUUAAAGAUCGAAAUUGACUUCCAGAGACACAAAGACGAUCUCCAAAGGCUGGAACAAGAGCUGUCUCGGCUCAACAAGGCCUCUUCCACUGACACAAGCCUCAAAUCCGAUAACACCUCUCACAAAAAGGGGAAAUCAGACAAGUCGAAGGGAGAGGCAAUGUCUAAGCUGCUUGAAGAGCUGGAUAGGCUUGAUGGGUCAUACGAAAAGGAAGCAAACUGUGACCGGGAGUGUCUGAUCUGUAUGAAAGACGAGGUUUCGGUUGUGUUUCUCCCUUGUGCGCACCAAGUUGUCUGUGCUAGCUGCAGCGAUAGCUUCAUGGGCGGUGGCAAAGCGACCUGCCCUUGUUGCAGAGCUCCGGUCCAGCAGAGAAUCCGUGUCUUUGGAGCAACUAAUAAAAAAGCGCUUCAGAGUUGCAAGUAUAAAAAGAUUUUGGUUCAUAACGGGGGAAAAACACAAUCGACGUUGGGUUCUUCGGAGAGGAGACUUGAGUGGCCGCCGGUGAAUUCUCUUCCGCCGUCUGAUUUCUGUUACCUUGCGUCUAGUGUGAGAAUGGCGAGCAAUGAUUUGAACACCUGGGUUUCUGACAAAUUGAUGGUUCUGCUAGGCUAUUCACAAUCUGCUGUCGUCAAGUAUCUAAUUGCAAUGGCCAAAAAAUCGAAAUCAGCAGCUGAACUAGUGCGUGAGUUGGUGGAUUACGGGUUCCCUUUGUCGGCUGAUACAAGCGCUUUUGCAGAAGAAAUUUACGCCAGAGCUCCCCGGAAAACCGCUGGUGUGAAUCUGUACCAGCAACAGGAAGCAGAGGCAGCGAUGCUGUUGAGGAAGCAAAAAACUUUUUCCCUUUUAGAGGCUGAUGAUGAUGGCAAUGUGGAGAAACGAUCUGCUCCGGAGACCAGAAAGUCAGGUAAAGGACAGAAAAGGUUCAGGAAGAAAAUUGGGCAACCGGAAGACGACGAUGAUGAGGUGGUUGUUGUUGGAGAGGUCGAAAGGAAUGUUAGGAGAAAGGUUUCUGAAGGCGAGGAUGAUGGCACUGAGUCUGAAGAGGAAAGAUUACGUGACCAAAGGGAGAGAGAAGAACUAGAGCAGCACCUAAGAGAGCGCGAUACUGCACGGACAAGAAAGCUAUCAGAGCCAAAAAUGUCAAAGAAAGAACAAGAGGAGGUUUUCCGAAGAGACAGUGCUGUGGAGAAGGGUGAUUUGGAAUCCUUAAGGAAAUUCUCGCGGCAAGAAUAUUUGAAGAAAAGGGAGCAGAAGAAGAUGGAAGAACUAAAGGAUGAAUUAGAAGAUGAAAAGUACCUUUUCGGAGAUGAAAAGCUCACCGAAAGAGAACUUCAGGAUUCUAGAUACAAGAAAAAAAUCUACGACCUCCUCGUGGAUAAAAGUACACAAGAAGCAGAUAAUAUAGGAGAGUAUAGAAUGCCAGAUGCAUAUGACCAAGAUGGGGGUGUUGAUCAGGAGAAGAGAUUUGCUGCUUCUGUACAACGUUACAGGGACAUGGAUUCGACGGAGAAAAUGAACCCCUUUGCAGAGCAAGAAGCUUGGGAGAACCAUCAGAUUGGUAGAAAGGCGACAUUAAAAUUUGGUGCAAAGGAUAAGCAAGCCUCAGACAAUCAUGGGUUUGUAUUUGAGGACCAAAUAGAGUUCAUAAAAGCAUCUGUCUUGGCUGGUGAAAAUUAUGAAGACGAGAUGCAUGCUAAACCAUGUCAAGAUUCUAGGGGGAAAUCGGUUUUCGAUAUGCUUCAGGAGGAGAGAAAAACUUUGCCAAUAUAUUCAUAUCGUGAUCAACUUCUUAAAGCUGUGAAUGAUCAUCAGGUACUUGUCAUUGUUGGGGAAACGGGUUCAGGGAAAACUACACAGAUACCCCAAUAUCUUCACGAAGCUGGUUACACCAAGCGUGGAAAGGUUGGUUGCACGCAGCCUCGACGAGUUGCGGCUAUGAGUGUGUCUGCUCGUGUUGCUCAAGAAAUGGGUGUCAAACUUGGGAAUGAGGUUGGCUAUUCCAUUCGAUUUGAGGAUUGCACUUCUGAGAAAACGAUUCUCAAGUACAUGACUGAUGGAAUGCUUUUGCGAGAGCUGCUUGGUGAGCCAGAUCUAGGCAGUUACAGUGUUAUUAUCGUUGAUGAGGCGCAUGAAAGAACUCUGCACACCGACAUACUAUUCGGAUUAGAUAUAGCAAGGGCUCGACCUGAUCUGAAGUUACUGAUAUCCAGUGCAACCAUGGAUGCCGAGAAGUUUUCUUUUUUUUUUGACCAAGCCCCGAUAUUCAGUUUCCCAGGACGGAGGUAUCCAGUUGACAUUUGCUUUGCCACUGCACCUGAAGCUGAUUACAUGGACGCAGCAAUAGCUACUGUGCUUACGAUACAUGUGAACGAGCCACUUGGGGAUGUAUUGGUCUUCCUCCCAGGUCAAGAGGAAAUUGAAACCGUUGAAGAGAACUUGAAGCAGAGGAUUAGAGGUUUGGGUACAAAGAUCCGCGAACUCAUUAUAUGCCCUAUUUACGGAAACCUUCCAAGCGAACUCCAGGCAAAAAUAUUUGAACCAACUCCUGAAGGGGCACGAAAAGUAGUCCUAGCAACAAAUAUUGCUGAAACGUCACUGACCAUCGACGGUAUAAAGUAUGUCGUUGAUCCGGGCUUUUGCAAGAUGAAAUCAUAUAACCCUAGGACCGGGAUGGAAUCUUUGCUUGUAGCGCCUAUCUCUAAGGCUUCAGCAACGCAACGAGUUGGUCGAGCUGGAAGAACAAGUCCAGGGAAGUGUUUCCGUCUGUACACGGCGUAUAAUUACCACAAUGAUUUAGAGGAAAACACGGUGCCUGAAAUACAAAGGACGAACCUUGCUAGUGUGGUGCUGGCAUUGAAGAGUCUUGGUAUUCAUAAUCUGAUCAACUUUGACUUCAUGGACGCACCACCAUCCGAAGCUCUUAUAAAGGCCUUGGAGCUACUCUUCGCUCUAGGUGCUCUGAAUCAGCUUGGCGAAUUGACUAAAGCUGGUAGAAGAAUGGCAGAGUUUCCUCUUGAUCCGAUGUUGUCGAAGAUGAUUGUUGUUUCUGACAAGUACAAAUGCUCCGAUGAGAUCAUAUCAAUCGGGGCCAUGUUGUCCGUCGGGAAUUCUAUCUUUUACCGUCCCAAGGACAAGAAGGUUCAUGCUGACAAUGCAAUGAUGAAUUUUCAUGUUGGAAAUGUCGGUGAUCACAUUGCUUUGCUCAAGAUUUACAAUUCUUGGAAGGAAACGAACUACUCAACUCAAUGGUGCUACGAGAACUAUAUUCAGGUUCGGAGCAUGAAAAGAGCCAGAGACGUUCGUGAUCAGUUGGAGGGUCUUCUUGAGAGAGUUGAAAUCGAAGUCAGCUCAAACUCGAACGAGUUGGAUUCAAUAAGAAAGUCCAUCGUAGCUGGUUUCUUUCCACACACUGCAAAGCUACAGAAGAAUGGAUCAUAUCGAACAGUGAAGCAUCCUCAAACCGUGCACAUACAUCCAGCCUCUGGCUUAUCUCAGGUAUUACCGAGAUGGGUUGUAUAUCAUGAACUAGUCCUUACCUCUAAGGAAUACAUGCGACAGGUAACAGAGUUAAAACCCGAGUGGUUGAUUGAGAUAGCUCCACACUAUUAUCAGCUCAAGGACGUUGAAGAUGCUAAAUCCAAGAAUAUGCCCAAAACCAGUGGCCGUGCUGCGAUGGACAAGUUGUGAGAAUGAUGAUGACUUUUAAUAAAAUUGUUAACUUGCCCUAUAAUUAACUUAGAUCUAUAGAAGGCCCGCUAAAAAUAUUCAGGCCCGUUAACAGAAGCAUAUAAGUGCAUUACAAAAACAUGUGUUCCCGGAGGAAAAUGUUUUUAUGUAGUAGAUUGACGAAAAAAAAAAAAUGUAGUAGAUUUUUAAAAUAUUUAAAAGAUUACGAAAUUGGCUG